GCUUCGUCUCCGCAAACGCAAGCUGAUGGCGCUGAAGCAGGCCGGCGCAGACGCGCGCAAGUUGCACAGAACAGGCUUGGACCAAGCCAACCAUUAUGGAACCGAGGUGGUAGGGCCCACGAUCAACGAGGUCGAGACCCCAGAAGGCCUGAUCAUCCAGCUCACGAUUGUUUCGCCGGCGCUGUUUAAGUAUCACCUCGAGGAGGCCUGGAAGGCGAUCCUCGAAAGACAGGCGGCAGGAAAUAUGGGCAGGCCCCAGGAAAGGUUAGACGUCACUGCUGCCAGGCAGGUCCUCGACGAUCCCAAACUUACCAAUUCCGAGAACAGCGGCCUGAUGUCCUUCCUUACCCAGCGUCUGUGGACGAGAACAAGGCUGGCCGCAGCAGGUUACGACAUUGACGCGACGUGUCCGUGCGGGCACGAGCGGGGCGACAUUGCGCAUGGGUUCGAGUGUCCCCUC